CACGCGCGCGCUCGCCAUCGACGAUGAGCUCUGGUCUGCCACUGGCCGUCGACGGGCGCGGCCUGCCCAGCGAGAAGCAGCGAGAGGGCUGCCCCGCGCCUUCUCUUCCAUUCCCCCCCGCUCUCUUAUACCCCUCCGCUCCUCCACACGUCUCCUCCCCGCCCGCCCGCGCUGCCCGAUACGCAGCCAUGCUCCUCUCCGCCGCUCUCCUCUCCCUCUCCCUCGCCCUCGCCCUCCGCGCGCCUCCCUUCCGCGAUCACACAUCCGCCCCUCUGGGCGCAGCUCACGCCCUCCACGACCGCGUCGGUAAGCUCCCCGCCAUGGGCUACAACACCUGGAACGCCUACCACUGCGCCAUCAACGAGUCCAUCAUCCUCCAGACAGCCCGCCUCGUAAAGUCCCUCGGCCUCGCAGACCUCGGCUACGACCACAUCAACCUCGACGACUGCUGGGCAGAGAAGAACCGCUCCGCCGACGGCGCCGUCCUCGCCAAUAAACAGGACUUUCCCUCGGGCCUCAAGAACCUCACCGACGAGAUACACGCCCUCGGCCUCAAAGCCGGCAUCUACAGCGACUCGGGCUGGUUCACCUGCCAGCUCUAUCCCGGCUCCUUCCAGCAUGAAGAACAGGACGCGCGCACGUUCGUCGACUGGGGGUUCGAUUAUCUCAAGUACGACAACUGCGCAGUCCCAUUCGACGACGUCCUGCGUCAGGGCAUGGUCGGCAAGUACGAGCGCAUGGCGGACGCGAUACAAAAGGUCGCCAAGGAGACGGGCGCGCCGCCGCUCCUGUUCUCGCUCUGCCAGUGGGGCCGCGAGCAGCCGUGGCUGUGGGCGCGCGAGUUUGGCCAGAGCUGGCGGACGACGGACGAUAUAGGCCCGCAUUGGGACGCGAUGUCGAGCAUCAUCAACCAGAACUCGUUUUAUUCAUGGGCGUCCGAUUUCUACGGGCACAACGACAUGGACAUCCUCGAAGUCGGCAACGGGGACCUCACGUACGACGAGGCAAAGUCGCAUUAUACCGCAUGGGCGCUCAUGAAGAGCCCGCUGCUCAUCGGGACCGACCUCACGAGCAUCACGGCCGAGACGCUCGAGAUCCUCUCGAACCGCGAGAUCAUCGCGAUCAACCAGGACCCCGUCGUCGGCACGGGCCUCACGCCCUUCCGCUGGGGCCGAAACCCCGAUUGGACGAACGACUACACGUACCCGGCGCAGUACUGGAGCGGCCGCUCGCAGAACGGGACCGUGUUCAUGCUCCUGAACGUGCUCGACGAACCGGCGGACAUGACGUUUAGCCUUACCGAGUCGCCGUGGAUCCGCGCGGGGAGGCAGUACAGCGUCCGGGACCUCUGGGCGCACACCGACAACGGCACCGCGGUGCGCAACUUUACGGCCGCGGCUGUGCCCGCGCACGGCGUCGUCGCGCUGCUGCUGCGCGAUGCCGGCGACGAGCCAGCGGGCCUUAGCCCGCCGUGCGCGGUCAUCGAGUGGUGCAUGGCGCCGAACGGGACGCGGUACGACGGGCAGUGAGCGCGCGGGCGCGGUGGCGGGGGCGGGGGCGGUGGCGGUGGCGGGGAAAUCCUGAUUCUUGUUCGAGUUUGUUGUUCGUCGUUCUGCGUCUGUGUGUUUUCUUGUGCGUCGCGUGUGUACGAUUG